GUGUGUUGGCGGUGGCCCUGAACAGCUGAGGGCGGCGUGAGGGGCAGCGUGCACACGGGGCUGAGGCGGCGGCGGGUGUGUGUGCGUGUGUAUGUGUGUUGGGCGGCUCUAUGGACCACAGGUGUAGGAAGCGGGUGAGGGACGCCAAGAAGAAGGCACGCCCAGAACUUUGCUUAGAGAAAGGAAUAUGGACAAAGUUGGAUUAUAAAAACAAAUUUGACUGCAGUGUUGAUAAAGUCAAGGACACUGGUGAACGCAUCCACGUUAAUGAUGUAUCUGUGGAGGAGUUUAUCGAGAAGUACGAGAAGCCGUACAAGCCUGUGGUCAUCAAGGGGAUCACAGAUAGCUGGAAGGCUCAGUACAAGUGGACUCUGGAGAGACUUGCCAAGAAGUACAGAAACCAGAAGUUCAAGUGUGGAGAAGAUAAUGAAGGGUUUAGUGUUAAGAUGAAAAUGAAGUAUUAUAUCCAGUAUAUGAAGACAACAGAUGAUGAUAGUCCAUUGUACAUUUUUGAUAGCAGCUUUGCAGACCAUGUCCGAAGAAAGAAGAUUCUGGAAGACUACGAGGUGCCCAAGUAUUUCCGUGAUGACCUGUUUAAGUAUGCCGGGGAGGACAGGCGGCCCCCCUACAGGUGGUUCGUCAUGGGGCCGCAGCGCUCUGGCACGGGCAUACACAUCGACCCCCUCGGGACAAGUGCCUGGAACUCCCUCAUCCAGGGUCACAAAAGAUGGUGCUUGUUUCCUACUGACACUCCCAAGGAGUUGAUAAGAGUAUCCAAUGCAGAGGGAGGGAAGCAGGUGGGCGAGGCCAUCACUUGGUUCUACGUAGUGUACCCUCGGACCCAGCACCCCAUGUGGCCUGAGAAGUACAAGCCGAUUGAGUUGGUGCAGCGGCCAGGGGAGACGGUGUUUGUGCCCGGCGGCUGGUGGCACGUGGUCAUCAACAUGGACGACACCAUCGCCAUCACCCAAAAUUUCUGCUCAGUCACAAACUUCCCUAUAGUCUGGCACAAGACAGUUCGAGGCCGUCCAAAGCUAUCCAAGAAGUGGCUUAGAAUACUAAAGGAAAAGAAGCCGGAACUAGCAGCCAUCGCAGAGAACAUUGACACCACCAAGUGUUGUGGCAUGGCUUCAGACUCUUCCUCGGAUUCUUCUUCAUCCUCUUCCUCUUCCUCCUCUGAUGAGUCCUCCUCGACAGAGAGCACCCUAGAUAGUGGACAGGAGAGUUUACCAGAGCAUAAGAAGAAAAGGAGGAAGAAGCAUCACUCUCCACAGCCUUCUUGAAGACAGUGGACUUUAGGCUCUUUUGAAGAUAGUUAUUUUGUUGGGUUGCCAUCAGGUGCAGUAAAAUUUAAGCAAAAGAUUUCAGCUUUGGACAUUACCAUUGACAAAGAAAUGAUCACUUAUAUUUUGCUAGCCCUGUUAAAUUGAUAUGAUCCUUUGGAUGGCAGUUGAAAGUUGUUGUAAGUCAUCAGCUUUAAUAUUAGGUCUAGUUUUUUACAUUUGUCCUUGAAAAAUAUUAUGCAUAUGAAAAAUUGCUCAGAUUAUUUGAUAAUUUUCUAAAAACUGAUGCAUUAUACUUAAAACAAAUUGAUUCCACUGAUUUGCAUUAUAUUUGCACAUAUACAAAAACACAUUUGUAUUACUCGGGGCACCAAAAUGUAACCAAUUCUCAUCAGAGUGAGUAAUCACCAACAAAAUCAAAGGAGGUGAGUACCUUUGACCCCUUCACUCCGGCGACAACAUCGGCGUCUGACGGCGUCACUGUUAGUCCUCUUCUAAACCUCUUAAGAGGAAAUAGAAGAGGAAUUUAGAGGAGGAUUAAGAGGUUUAGAAGAGGAUUAAUCCUCUUCCAUUUCCUCUUGACCCUUUCCAUACUCUGACACCGACAUCUGCGUCACAGAUGGAAAGGGUUAAAGCUUCUCCCUAAUUCCUAUCCGGAGCUAAGACUAAACUAGUAUUGGCCAAUCCUAUCCUGUCCUUAGCUGUCGGAAUUCAGAGUUGGGAGAAUGCAGAAGAUGAGGUAACAUGGAUGCCGUCUGGUGGUGGGGCUGGUCCGAGAUGUAUCUGUGUUGUGGGCACGUGGACUCAGCCUGGGUAUUUGACGCGGUCAGCCAGGAUUUGUACGGUGUACUCUCAAUUGCUGAGAAUAAUUGCGAAGGGGUGUGUGUUCAGCCUGAAGUCUGGUGUGCGAGAGCCACCAGUUGUGUUUCCAACCCCUGAUGUCGGUUGUGAUUGCCACAUAGGCAAAAUGAAUCCUUCAAGGCUUAUUCAAAACACUCCUCAUACCGCUUCUUAUUACUCUUUGUGGUAUUAACUACCACCACUUGUUACUUUUUUAUCUGAAUGGCUUUAGAUUAAUGAUUCCCAAAUAUACAAUAUAAACAAAUGGAAUAAUUUUCACAGCUGGGGCCUGGCAAAUAUUAGGGAUCAAGCAAUGUCACCCUCCUGGAUUAACUUCCUCAAAGCCGAUCUAGAUCUCGGAGCUGAUGAUCCCACGAGACGCAUGCAGGGGUUGGUUCUCUAGCCUAUCAGAAAGUUCCAGGGGGAUGAGAUUGAAUGGUUACUGCAAUCCACCGCACUGACACAGUGUGGGGUUUUGUAGCCAUGCGGUCUUGAGGAGAUCAGCCUUGAGUGAUGCUAGCAGCACAUGGGUGAUAGACUCAGUUAACUGGCAGAGUCUUGAGGCUCCCUCCGUGCCCCCAGUACUUGUUGAAGCUUCUCUGUGUAAGUGGGUGUGAAGCCAGUCAGAUACACUCAACACAGCCAGGAAGUUGUCUGCCUUCAAUGCCUCCUGAAGGUUGAGGCCCGCUUCACAUGAGCUUUUUUUUUUUCCUCGCACAGUUUUGAAAUCAAUGAAGUUCAAUGAGGACCUUCACACGCUGACCGUGCGAAGGGACUCAUUGAACUGCAUUGAUUUCUAAACCGCGCGGGAAGAAAACGCUCAUGUGAAGCGGGCCUGAGAGCCUCUACUUCCUCUGCCUUUUUCUGGCUAUCUGCCUCAUCACUGGUGUUGGGCUUCCUCCUGCUCAGGCUCUCCAGGCUGGCUGUCCCAUCGAUGGAGGGGAUUGGCCUCUGUGUUGAUGUGUCAUUGAGAAUGGUACUACGCAGGGAGAAGUUUGAAGGCAACUCAUUAUCUAUGAGGCUGUUGGUGAAAGUAGAGGUUUUGCAUGCCUGCACCUCCUCCUCCUCCUCAUCCAGUGCAUGGCCCUGCUGAACUGAGUGGUGCAGCCAGUCGGGGUAUACACUAUGAAUACCCCCUCGAUGGCAAAAUUGUACUUCUUGCCCUCGGGAGAAGAUACGAUGAGGACAGAAGUCGACCCCUUAUUCUGUGUAGCAGUGUAUGUGGCGCCAUUCUCCUCAAUAAACCUCUUCAGGUCUGCCUUGGUGUCCUUGUCAACUUGGGAGACACACACCACCAGUCCGUCCAGCGGCUUACACUUGUAUGGGAGAAAGCACUCAUCUGUGGCACACAUGCGACUGCCUCCCACACACCCGUCACCCAUCCCUCUUGUCAUGAUGGGAACCUGCUGCUCCACUGCCACCUUGUAUUUCUUGGUGCCCACCAUCUUGACCACCAAGUGUGUCACAUCCUGGUGGUAGUUGUUGGAGUAGAUGCCUGACAUGCGCUUUUUGAGUCACUGCAGCUCCUCCUUUUCUGGGCGAGAAAACCCAGUGGUAGUGAUAACCAAGCCAUUCAUGGCUGUGUUGUGGAGAGGUGACAGCAGUGGUGGGAUGGGCUCCAUGCAGUGAUUAUUCUCAGCAACUGAGAAAUACACCAUAAAAAUCCUGGCUGACCGCGUCAAAUACCCAGACCAAGUCCACGUGCCCACAACACAGAUACAUCUCGGACCAGCCCCGCCACCAGGCCACAUCCACGUUACCUCAUCUUCUGCCUUCUCCCGACUCUGAAUUCCAACAGCUAAGUACAGGAUAGGAUUGGCCAAUGCUAGUUUAGUCUUAGCUCUGGAUAGGAAUUAGGGAGAAGCUUUAAAGGUACUCGCCUUUGAUUUUGUUGGUGAUUACUCUGAUGAGAAUUAGUUACAGCACACGAGUCUACAUAAAAGAGUAUUAUUUUGUAUAUUGCUAACACUGUUCCUCUUAGAUUACGUGGUACAAUAUGAGCUCACUUUACACAUGUUUCCAGCAUGCGUUCCUGCUGUGCUCUUCCUGUUGGCCCAACCACAAGCUUAUCUUUACCAGGCCUUACAAGUAAUAGUAUAACCAGUAACUUUCCUCCCUUAUAAAUGAGAUAACUUGAAUCACUUUCCUCCCUUGUAAAUGAGAUAAUUUGAAUCACCCACAGCAGCCACAGUUCAGGUUUGGCAGAGUCCAAACAUGCUGUAUUCUGAAGUUUACAGUAAGGUGCCUGAAUGGCUUUUUGACAUUUGGUUGAGAAGUAAACGUAGAAUGAGUUCACAUUGUACUGACAUGACAAGAUGGCAUGUUUGAGGCAUUUUGUAGCUCAAUGAGGAUAAUCUCAUGGUGAAAAAAAUGCUACUCGAGGGGUAUGAUGUCAUAAGAAAAUUUUCCUGCCACAAGCACUUAAUUAUUAACAUUAUAAAAUUUGCAAUUCUUCAUCAAAAAUUACAUUCAAACAGCAGUUAAUUUUGUGCACAUUAAAGUAAUUCUCUGCAAUUUUUUUAAGGAUUUAGGAUGUCAUUUUUUUCCCAGCACUGACAAUACUAUUAUUCCUUGUACUUGCAUCUACUGGUGAUAUGAGAGUAUUUGAAAUACACAGUAAUGGUAAGGGAGAAGGAUGUUGUAUACCAUUAAUGUGCAUUUAGAAAAUAACUGUGCCUUAGUUUUUUACACCACACCACAAUGAACGCCUCAGCAGGUAGAGGUCUGCAUGUUCCCCGCCUCCAAGGGUAAUGCCAGGGUAUGUAUUUGAAAGCAGUCAUAAUUAGGUCAUGAUUUUGUUUGUAUUCAGGAAUGUUAUUAGUUUACAUACUGAAAUGGUAAUUAAUUCAGUUUGUUGCAAGGUGUAGUGGGCAUUUCUGAAACAAAGUCCAUCGCUUGCAUUUAUUUGAGCCAUACAUAAUGAUAAUGUGUAUUACAUUAACAUUUCCAAUAUAUACCUCAUAGCCAUUUGUAUCACAGUUAAAUAGCUAAUUAUCUGUAUGAGGCUGUCCUAUAGAGAACCAAGCACGUAUGUUUUAUGCAUAGGCUUUGUUCAAAGUUAUUAAGGGCAUUUUCCACUAUCCAGCUAUAUUUAAUGUUUGCUAGUUGUUGGUAACUAUGUUAUCUUGCCUUAGUGCUUGAAGAAUGACAGGCACUUGUUUCACAUUACUGUGUUCUGACAGGCCUGGCACAUUAUUACUUUGCAUUGUGUUGGGUUGGUUAGUCAAGACCUUUGCCCAAAACUGUUUUUAGCACCAGGUUGCAAAUCCAAUCAAAGAAUAUCACUAAUACUUGUUGAAGCUCACAGGAAGUAUAAAUGGAUUAGAUUUUGCCCCCAAAACUCUCCAUCGGUAAUAAAAGCAUUUUCAUCUCUCCUUCCCACAGACUUAAUUGUGGAUAAUGAAUUGAGUGAAUAUUUCAGUGACUUGAGAUGCAAUGAAGUGGUAGAAAAAUAUUUUUCCUUGUGCAAAUGUACUUUUAAGACAGUUUGCUGGUUUUAUAAAUCUGCAAGAAAGAGAAAGUAUUAAUUUUGUUGUAAUAUCUGAAUCACUAACGAUCUUGGUAAUUUUUUUGUAUGAAAGGUAGUUUAUAUGGGACGAGUUACGUGUUAGUCAGGUUAUGACAUCUGAUGUGAUGUAUAUGUAUGGAUGACAGUGAUAUGGAAAUGUUAAGAAGAAAUGAUUGGUGACAACAUCAAUAAAUGAGUGAAUUCUG